AGUUUGGAAAAUGUAUAUACGUGUAAACGCUACUUGAUGUCACGGUACGUGUAUAUUAGCAUUAGGUUAUUUUUGACAGCUGCCAUUAGAACAGAAUAAAAAGCAAACGAAUCAGGAUGCCAAAUCGAAGUGACUACAAUUUAAUCGAUUUUACAUCUCAGAAGUGGGAUAGUGAGCCCAAAAUGUCCGUAGAUGACCAGAGAGUGACUAAGGAUGAGAUGCUGUGCGCACUCCAGUCGGCCGAAAUAACCGUGCCAUGUACGGCAACACUGAUGCAGAUCCGUGCUCUCUAUAAGGAAGCGUACCCUAGCUCGCAACAAAAUGGCGAUUCCAACGACACCAUGUGCAACGCAGCCAUUGCCGAAAGUAAAGAAGAGAGCGUCACCCAGAUCAUGAAAACUGAUGUGAUCAAAGAAAACGACGAAGCUGCAGCAGAAAUUGUGCUCCUAAAGCAAAAAUGUGAGAUACUUGAACUGCGGAACAAAUUAGCAGCGCUUGAGAGCCAAAGUCGUGAAUACUCCAAUACAGCUAGAUUGCUUCAUCCGGAAGAGGUUAAGCAGAUUAUUCCGAUGUUUGGAGAGGGUGCCAGUUUCUUGCAGUGGAUAAAAACGGUAAAACACAGUGCUGAAGUUUAUGGUUGGACCGACCAAAUGACAUUGAUGUACGCUAGCAGUCAGCUAACUGGCGCUGCAAAGGAGUGGUACAGUGGUUUCCGGCAUUCUGUAACAUCGUUUAAAGAAUUUGCCGAAGGAAUGGGAAAAGCUUUCCCAGACACGCAUAAUGAAGCUGCUAUUCACAAGAAGCUGUUGCAUACAUUCAAAAGGAAUGAUGAGUCCUACGCCGCCUACAUCUUUCGUGUACAUGCCCUUGGAACAACUGGGAACGUGAGUAACGCAGCGAUUAUAACAUACAUCAUCCGAGGACUAUCGCGCGAUCCCAUGUAUGACAACUUAGUGGCGAAAGAAUAUCGUGAUGUGUAUGAUCUGAUUGAUCAUGUAAACCGAUGCGAGAUGCAUUACCAAAUGCGUGAACCACCGUCAUCCCCCACUCGUCCACAACCUUCAAGCCGUUUUACAUCGAUGCUGAAAACCAACACCAAACCAGCCAAUGGGCGAGAAGAAAUGGUGCGAUGCUACAAUUGUUCGAGUUUCGGCCAUUUUUCCAACCAGUGCCGAAAACCACGUCAGUCUGCCCAACUAUGUUUCUUGUGUGGAAGCCCUGAUCACAAGAAACAAGACUGCCCGAACGUUGCCCAGAGGAUGCCUGCCGCUAUAUUUGCACCGUGCGAUCAGCAGAGUUUCCAACAUCAGUGUCCGGCAUCACGAUUGCCUCAAUCCGGUGGCAAUGAUUACUCACAUCUGAACCUGUCGAUGGCUGCUGCAGCAGAAAACAAUUACGGAGAUGAUAAUGGAAAUCAAGUGACUGGUUCAGGAGCUAGGAUCGAUCCAAUUCAGGAGCCCUAAAAGUUUCAUCAGUGAACAACUUGUGCCAAACAUCAAACAUACUCCUCAAUUUUCGGGAUUCUGUGGAUUAGGCAACCAGCAGCUUACAUCUUUGGGCCAUGUG